CGGGGCGCUGGGAAGUUACUGCCCGCCUGCCAUUUUGGUGCAGCCCUCGUCUCUGGCUGAGGAUAGUCCUCAUCGCUGUUCCUGUCCAGGACAGAGUAUACAAUGGGGAGAAAGCUGGAUCUUUCAGGCUUGACUGAUGAAGAAGCAGAGCAUGUGCUCCAGGUGGUUCAGCGAGAUUUCAGCCUUCGGAAGAAAGAAGAAGAAAGGCUAAGUGAAAUGAAGCAGAAGUUGGAUGAAGAGGGUAACAAGUGCAGCAUCCUUUCCAAGCAGCAGAAGUUCAAUGAGCACUGCUGUAUUCGCUGCUGUACUCCUUUCACAUUCCUUAUCAACAGCAAGAGACAGUGCCAGGACUGCAAGUACAACAUCUGCAAGAGCUGCAGUACUUACCAGAAGAAGGAGAAGGCUUGGAUUUGCAGUGUCUGCCAGCAAGCAAGGCUCCUAAGGACCCAGUCUCUGGAUUGGUACUACAAUAAUGUCAAAAGCCGCUUCAAGUGUUUUGGAAGUGCCAAAGUCCUGAAGAACUUAUACAAGAAGCACAGACUGGAGAGUGGAGGUUGUCCUGAUGUAAUAGAAGGAGGGUUCCUUGAAGGCAGCUUUGAAAAUGAAGGAAGCAUUUGUGGCAGCGACUCUACGUUCUACCGACAGACAGAAGGACACAGCAUGAUGGAUACCCUUGCUGUGGCCUUACGUGUUGCAGAGGAAGCAGUGGAAGAAGCUAUUUCGAAGGCAGAGACCUACAGCGACAGCCUGGACAAGCAGAAUGAGGCUUGUUACUUGCAGGAACACAAGGAGGACCUCAUAGAAGAGCUGGCCACAACCAUCGUGCAGAAGAUUAUAAAGAAGCAGAAAAGCAAAGCUGAGCAGGCUGAAGCUGACUUUGAAUGGCCACCAUCCAGGAGCAGUGGCCUGGCAUCAGUUGCUGUCUCAGAUCAGAGCAUGCUGACUUUCCCAGGGAGCCGCAGGGGGUCCUACACGUUAUGGAGGUCUCAGUCUGCGUUCUCCCUUGCUAGUGAAGAUAUAUCCAGUAAAGGACUCGACCCUGCAUCAUCUGUGACCGAGGCUCUUUGGAGGCAGCAAAAAGGCCACUUGAGGAAGCAGAAGGAACACAAGCUCUCUGCGUUACCCAGCUGGAAGAGCGUGGACAGGCUAAAUGAAACAAAUCUACCUUCUGUGUUUCAAAGCACUGAUGGGAACUGGGUGGCUUUGCAGAACGUCACUUUGCCUCGUCCUCGGAUGCUCGCCAAACCAAAAAGUCAGGUGUUUGAGGCUUUGGAGAAUGAAUCCAGCAUUGUGUCUGCCUAUGACGAGAUGGGCUCAGACAGUGAGGAUGACUACGACUGGAAUGUGGCCUUGAACAAGCUGCGUCGGAGACCUCGGCAGUUACCAGGCGAUUUCUAUUGUACCAGUUCCCAGUAUGGCACUGGCUGGGUUUAUGGCAGUGAUCAGUACCAGGCAGUGACCUCCCCUUCCUCUGGGUUAUACACCAAUACUGAGACACUGUUCUCUGAUUCGGAAACAUCUUCACUCAACUCUUCCCAGGAAGCCAAAGGAACUGGCAGACUUCUUUGGUUACAAAGCAGAACUCAAAGUGAUGUGCCCAGAAUGGAACGAAAGCAUUUCCAUGGGGAGCUGGAUGUGAAUUUCAACCCACAGGCAAUGAGCCUGGAGUACUCAGACAGCAGCGAGACUGAAGAGGUCCAGUAUGACUUAGAAAAGAGAGUGAGAAGGUGGAGAAAGAACAAAGCAAUCUCUGAAGAGUUCUGUGAAGAGAAAGACUGCACAAAAGGCGACAAGAUGAAUUCAAGUCAGGACUUGGAUGAUUUAUCUGAAGCAGAUAGAAGCAGUGAAGAUCAGCAUCAUAGCAAGCCUGACCUUGCGGAGGAGGAACUUAAAUCCAGGUUAUUUCAGCUUGCUGCUAAAAUGAGUGACAAGGAAACAUCUUCUGGUGAAGAACAGGAGUCGGAGCCUAGAACAGACCCUGAAAACCAGAAGGAGAGUUCAUCCUCAGAGGAAAACGGUGGCAGAAGCAUUCAGGAAGAGUUACAGAAGAAGUACUCUGCUGUCUCUCUCUGCAACAUAUCCACAGAAGUCCUGAAAGUCAUCAAUGCCACGGAGGAGCUGAUAGCAGAAUCCAGUGGUCCCUGUGAUUUCCCAGCUGACAUUCAGGACAGGGGGAAAGGGACCUUCCCAUUGGGGACAGACCCUAUCAGGCUCGAUGAGCAGCUCACCACACUGGAAGAGAACGUGUACCUGACAGCCAGCACGGUGUAUGGGCUGGAGGGGCAGCUGACCAGCCUGGAGGAUGCUGCACGCAAGAUCAACAGUGUCACUGCAGAGUCUGAGCUAGCCCAUCUGGAAGACCAAGUGGCCACAGCAGCCGCACAGGUUCAUCACGCAGAGCUUCAGAUUUCAGAUAUUGAGAGCAGAAUAUCAGCUCUCACAGUUGCAGGCUUGAACGUGGCUCCAUGUGUUCGCCUGACAAGGAAACGGGAUCAAAAGCAAACAAACCAGAUGCACACAAUAGACACAUCAAGACAGCAGAGGAGAAAACUUCCAGCUCCACCAGUAAAAGGUGAGAAAAUAGAUGGGUCUCCAGUUACCACUGUCAGGACGUUCAACAGAAACUUCAUGCUUCAAGGGUCUCUAACACAAAGAACUAAAGAGAGGAAAAGCACUGCCAAGGACUUAAUGGAACCUGCAAUAGGAUCUGCUGUGAUGUACUAAACUUACUCCUACUGCCAGUAACACACUGCCUAAGGCUGUACACUAGAGUGCCUUUACUUAACAGCCAUUGCAUACGUCCAGCUGAAAAUGGACCCUCAAGAACCUACAAAGCCUCAGUUACAGGGCUUUGUUUGGAUACCUCACUGAGAAAGCUGUCCAAGUCUUCAGCAUUGUGGUCUGCUAAAGGAAACUCUGCCUUAAAGUUCUCACUAAACUCCAGACAGGAUGCUGAGUUUCAAGAGCAAGGCUCCACGUUUUAAGAUGCACUUUUUCUCCUUAUUGAUUGUAUGGAAGUAUGUCAUCUUUACACCGCAGUAUGUUUUUGUACACACAGUCAGUCAUAAUGAUAGGCCAGUUAAUCUGCCACACCAGACCUGUGAUCCAUGUGUGCUGGUUACUAACAUCCAUGUUGUCAAGCAAUAAGAACAACUCUGUGCAGUGUAUGCUGGGUGGUGGGAGUGGAGAACUGGUGUCCCUCACUCUGGGAGUCAAUGGGAGGUUCUGACAGGGUUCAUAGGAGGAGGUGGGAUGUGCCAAGGCUUCUCUGCUCACUGAAGGUAUGUUGGGCAGUCACUGUUGUAGCUCCAGAGCGAGGUAUUUUGCUCGUGGCAGCAGAGGGAACAUGGAUGUCUGGUAGCAGCACAUGUGGACCAGAUGUCUGUUAUGAUCCUGGUGUCUGGAAGCAUCUGAGCACUGUUGUGAAACCAACACCUCUGUAUGUCUCAUUCUUCUUGGUAGCGUUGUCUGCUUUGGUGGUGACCAACCACGUUGUAGCUCAGAAUAAAUUCUGACCAAAUCUUUUAAGGUCAAAAAAGGAAUUGUGGAUGGGAUCUCUGCUGGUGGUUGCAGGGUGGCUGCAGUCUGUGAGAGACUCCCUUCUGCUAUUUCCUGGCUUUUCUGAGGAGGGGGCAAAUGUAGCCCAGAGGUCUCUUCCUUUAGUAAUCCAAUGUAGAGUAGCUGGGACCUGCUGCCAUGUGCACCCCACUACCAUUGGACCACUCUGAAUUGGAUUGUGAAUGGUAGAGUUUCAUCUUUCAUUGCUUGAGACCUUCAAAAGGUAAGCCCUCAAAGGUGGAAGGCCCUUGGGCAGAUGCCUAGGAGGGAAGAUGCUGCUUACAGGGUGUUACAGAUGUUAACCCUCUCUCCCUUUCAGGGAGGACCUUGCCAACCUGUGGUACUUCUUGCUCUGAAGAAUACAAAGGAAGUAGUUAGAGGAGGUGAUAAGCCAGUGAAUCUGUUACCUUCCAUGCAAAGUACAGAGCAGGUCCCCAGAUGCAGAGUGGGUUGUUGUGAAACAUGCCAUGAAGGAGGGCACAGGCUGGCAAGUUCCCCCUCGCAUCAAGGAGCAGUGGGUACCAGGGCAGGAGGAGAGCUGCUCUUUUCCCUGGGCCCCCAGCAAAUACCCAGUAGUAGAGUGCCACAUGUUACGUGCUACAUGGCAGGAAUGCCAUCCCCUGGAACAGCAAGCCAUGAAGUGGCUCCAGUUGGGCAAAUAGGAGGAAAACUGGGCAAAUUUCAUGGCUGGAUGGGUUUUAAUGGGGCAGGUGGAAAGGUGAGGAAUGGCUGGAUGGAGCAGUUGGAACAACAGUGCCAAAUCUGCCACCCUCAGUUGACAUCUAGCACUUGUCGGUACCCUGAUGUCCAGCUGCAUGUAAGGAACCAUUGGAAUAAACACAACCAUCUUCCCACCUGGAGUAUGUAAGCAUCACUCCAUCCCUUCAAGGAAUUCCCAUCUGCCCAAGAUCUGCCCAAAUGUGUUGGUUCUGGGUGAAAUUCUGCCUUCUUCUGCUCUCACACAACCCUAGUUCUCUGAAAUUGCUUUUGCACAGGUGUGAGGGCAGAAUUGGGCCCACUCUGUUUAAUAUAUAAAUAUAUAUAUAUAAAACAAAUAUAUUUUAUUUAUAUAUGCAAUCCAGUAAAGGAGAUUGAACAGAGUAGGAAGCCUAGGGAUUUGUUAUCCAGUCUCCUCCUCCUUCCUUGACUGUUCCCUUGUAUGUAUACAGCACAUUCCCAGGUUCCGGUUUACGCAGGUAUGCGUGUUAUGAAACAUCAUUAAUGGUGGUUGGUCUACAUAUCCAUCUACUAACUAAUAACUAAUCUUGUGUAUGUAAUAUCAAUACAGAAAUGACUACUUUUAAUAGAAUUAACUCUUUGGCUUUUGUUCUGUUAGUGCGAUUUAAACAAGCCAACGCCGUUCGGAAUAGGUUGUUUUUUCCUUAAGAGGCAUGAAAAGCAUCUAUUAUCGUGUUACGAUGUUAAACUAUUCAGUCUUUGACAGAAAAACGUGUACUGUGUAGGCAUUGCAGCAACAAAAUAGAAAAACAUAAAAAAAACCCACCUGCUCCAAGGCAUUUGACUUCUUCCAGGUGUUGAUUGUGCCAAAUACGUGCAAAGAUAUAACCCACUGGUUUAACCAAGUCCUCAAAGCGUCUGCUAGAGCACACAAAGACUUAUUUUGUCAUCGAGUGAUUUCAAUCUUCAGUGUUAAGAUUUCUAUUUAGAUUGAUUUUUAUAAAUGAAAACUAUUUUACUGGGCAAAAUGAGGACUAGAUGAUCUAUUGGGUGCAGUCUGAGUGAAUGUUAAGCUUGCCUUCUUGUUGUUGUUAUCUGCAUACUCACCAAGAGCUGUCGUCCAGAGGAAUUAUAAGAGUAAAAGUGGUUUAUGAACAGAAUGCCUUUGAUUCAUAAAGAAAACCAAAAGUUG